AUGAGUAUUAAAGAAGUAACAUAGAUUUAAUAUCAGCAAUAAGGGUUUUUAUAUAAAGAUGAAACUGAUGACAAUAAAUGGUUAAACGAGUUUUUCAAUGAUGGCGGACAAGAUGGAAAUCUCAAAAAAGAUAUAAGAAGUUGUUCGUUUGUUAAAUAAAAGGCUACCAGCUUUUAAUUUGAACACAAAUCUAUUUCAGAAUUCUUGAUUGCCUCUGGCAUAUUUGAGGUGUUAAUGGCAACAAAAGAUUUCGAGAAAUCUUUCUUAGAAAGAUGUAUGAAAAUUUUGGAAAAAAAUGAAAAAGUAAAUGAUUGUUAAAUUAUUUCUUGAAAAACAUGUUGGCUAGAAUCAUUAUGAAAUAUGUAUUUAAAAUAAUAGUCUAUCUUUGUAUGAGAAGAAAAAAUAAUUGGAUCUUAUAGAGCGUAACUUUAAAAAAAUAAUGACGCUUCUUAGAAUUAUAAAGUAACGCGACUUAAAUAAUGUUAAUUACUCAACGUAAAAUCACAGAAGAACUAGGAAGUUUCUUAUCCAAAAGAUGUAAAAAGAAGAAAAAAUUAUUGAAUUUUUACAAUUUAUAGUGCAUCUCACCGUAUUAAAGUCUUAACUCUAUGUAUUGCACCCGACGACUCUACCUUAGCUUCAGGGAGUUUCGAUAGAUCUAUACGUCUUUGGAAUAUUUAGACAGGAUAAUAAAGAUGCUUGUUAGAAGGACAGAAUGAUUUUGUGUAAUCUUUAUGUUUUUCUCCCGACUAAGCGCCUUUAGCCUCUGGCAAUUAUGAUUGUUCGAUUCGAUUGUGGGAUGUAAAAUCAGGAUUAGAGAAAACAAAGUUGGAUGGACAUCAGUUAGGUGUCUAUUCAGUUUGCUUCUCUCCUUUGAUGGUAAUACUUUAGCUUCAGGUAGCGGAGAUAAAGCAAUUCGCUUAUGGGGUCUCAAGACAGGACAAGAAAAUAAAAGAUUAGAAGGGCAUAGCGGAUGUGUUUAGUCAGUAAAAUUCUCUCCUGUUGGGGCAGCUUUAGCUUCUGGAAGUGAAGAUAAAUCUAUUCGCAUUUGGGACCUCAGGUUGGGACAAGUAAAAUAAAUAUUUGAAGGUCAUCAAAAUUGGAUUCGCUCAAUAUGCUUCUCUCGAGACGGCAAUAUACUCGCAUCUGGUACUCAAGAUUAAUCGAUCCGUAUAAGGGAUCUUAGGUCAGGUUAAGGAAAGAAAAGGUUAGAAGGUCAUCGAAGUUGGAUUAGUACAGUAUGCUUCUCUCCAGAUGGCACUUUAUUUGCAUUUGCCAGUUAGAGCUACUCCAUCACCUUAUGGGAUUUAAAUUUAAUGCAAGAAAUGUAUAUUUUGGAAGGCCAUAAUGAUUCUGUAUUUCCAAAUAGGUUUUUCUCCUGAUAGUAAUCUAUUAGUUUUAAGUAGUUAUGACAAAUCUAUUCAUUUAUGGGAUAUAAGUUUGAAAUAAGAUAAAAAAUUAUAAUACAGAGCUUUAUCAGCAUGUUUAUCACCUGAUGGCACUCCAUUGGCUACAGGUUGCUUAGAUAAAUUGAUAAGACUGUGGGACUUAAAGUCUGGAGAUCAAAAAAUGAAGUUGAUUGGACAUAACUAACUAAUAGAGUCAGUCACUUUCUCCCCUGAUGGAACAAUAUUAGCAUCAGGCAGCUUUGAUGCAUCUAUUUAUGUAUGGGAUAGAAAGUCAGGAAUCAGAAGUUCAGAAUUAAAGGCCAUAACAAAUCUGUUUUAUCAUUAAGUUUCUCCCCAAAUGGAUCUAUAUUAGCUUCAGGUAGUCUGGAUGGAUCCUUAAGAUUGUGGGAUAUAAAUACUGGAAAUUAAAAAGUAAAGUUACAAGGAUUAACUAAUUAGGCGUAAAGCUUAUGCUUUUCUUCUGAUGGAAUUAUUGUUGCUUAAGAAGCCUUAGAUAAAUCAAUAAAUAUGUGGGAUAUUAAUUUAGAUUAGCAACUAUUUCCUUCUGAUAGCAGUUAUUAAGAGAUUUUUUAACGAUUAUAACCUAACAUUGAGGAAAAUCUACAUUAAAAAAGGAAGUGUAUUUUUUUAAAAAUUUAGUUUCUGAUUGUUUAACUGUACUACGAAUUUCCUAAUAUGAACAUUUUG